CGAGGGUUAGCGCACGGACGACGGCGGCCCGCAGCCGGAAGCCGCCGCUUUCUGGGCUCCGACGGCCUGCGUGUACGCGGAAUACGGAGUCGGGGGCGCCGGGGGACGGUUUGGGGACGGACCGGAAGCGCUGAGCGGGGCGGCAGGAUGGUCCGUUUGGGUUGCAGGUGUCGGGCCUGCGGAGACUGAGGUGCGGGGCGUGUGGCGGGCAGGCCCCGGGAAGAGCCGGGGGCCGGGAUUGCGCUGGGCCGUCCCGCGUCGUGGGCUGUGGUGCCCGGCGAGCGAAGCUGAGCGCCCCGGAGCGCCCGCGGUCACCGCCACACGCCCGCCAUGUUCCUGGUGCGCCUGACCUCUCAGCUGGCUAGGGCCGUCCCCUGGGCAGGCCGCGGCCGGCCCUGGCCCGUCUCGGGGGUGCUGGGCAGCCAUGCGUGCAGGCCCCGGUACGGCACGCAGCCCGCAGGCCCGAGGAGCGCCGCCUCCGCCCCUGGCCGGGGCGCCCGGCUGGAGCUGGAGGAGAUGCUGGUCCCCCGGAGGCUGGCCAUCAGCCCGCUGGAGAGCUGGCUCGCUGCCCGCUGCCUGCUGCCCAGACCGGACGCUGGCGCCCCUGGGGCGGAGGCGCCCGCGCAGCAGCCCGGCGAGGGGCCGGCGCAGGGGGACGCGGGGGCCCGCGGCGCGGCCCCGGUUUGCUGCAAGAACGUGCUCAAGAUCCGCCGGCGCAAGAUGAACCGCCACAAACACCGCAAGCUGGUGCGGCGCACGCGCUUCCUGCGGCGCAGCGUGCGCGAGGGCCGCCUGAAGCGCAAGCAGGUGAGGUUCGAGCGAGACCUGCAGCGCAUCUGGCUGAAGGCGGGGCUGAAGGAAGCCCCCGAGGGCUGGCAGACCCCCAGGAUCUACGGGAAGAGCAAGUGACGCCCUGCGCCCGCCCAGGGUGCUCCUUCACAAUAAAGCCCUGAGGGCCGGCCGCGGCCUGAGCCUC